UAACAAACUUUAGCACAAUCAAUGUGCUGUAUAUUUUAACCUGAUUACUUUUUUCUGUUAGAUCACAGAAAAGUAGAGAACUCUUUAUCCCAAUUGCAAGAAAUGUGAAAAUUUUUCCAAAUAUUGAAAUUGAAAUAUUGUAAGUUCAUAAAGUUGGUAAUGGAUGGGUUUGUCCCAGAAGCGCAAGCAUUACUUGAGCUUGAAGAUAAUGCUGGUAGCAACCCAAGCAGAGACAAUUAUGUGAGUCCACUGGCUUUAUCCCAACCCACUCUUCCCAUCCAGCAUUAUGAUCCAGCAGGCACCUACAGGACUCCUCAUAAACCUUCAGCCAAAAAGAAUUAUGGCGGAUAUUGUGAAAUUUGUAAUCUGAGACUCAACUCUUACACACAAUCCAAGAGUCAUUAUGAGGGCAAACCUCAUGCCAAGAAAGUCAAGGCCGAGCAGAAGAGGAAGGAGUCUCUCUCAUCAGACGGCACUACUGACAAUGCUCCCCCUCCUUGUAAAAAGGUGUCUUUAAUUAUCAGUACUGGUACUCCCUUUAAACCUCCGGCCCUCUCAUGCAGCAUUUUGUAG